AUGAUUGAAGAAACUAUAGCAAGUUAUGAUGUAUUAUCAUAUUUUAUUUAUUGUAUUAUUGAAUUUCUUGUUAUGUUAUCACAUGAUACAUUUCAUUCAAAACAAGUUAUUAAAGUACAAGAUCUAAUAAAACAUUAUGAGUUAUUAUUAGCAAGUGGACAUGAACCUGAAACACAUGCUUUAGCUGCAUUAGAACCAGUUGAUCAAUCACUUUUGGAUAUUUAUUCCACACAAUUAGCACUAUUUAUUGUUGUGUCAUCAGUUGAAUUACGACCAAUUGAUCCAUUUGUUAUUGCUUUUCGAGCAUUAAAUGAUGUUUUAUCAUCAGUUAAUGGAACUCGAGAUGAAACUUUUAGUGGUGAUAUAUGUACAUAUGUACAUAAUUUAUUUGAUCUUAUACAUCAUACAUCAGUUGCAAGUCAUUUAUUCGUUUGUGAAGGAAUACAUUUACAUGAAAAUGAUCUUGUAUUAGUUUUAUUAAUUGAACAAUUUCUUCCAUUACCAUUAAAUAAAUAA